UUCUGCAAACAAAUGUCUGCUGAAAGUAGCUGGAUAUGCAGCUCAGCUAGAGCAAUAUCAGAAGGCUGUUGAAAUUUUUGAACAGGUUGGAACAAGUACUAUGGAUAACCCUUUGCUCAAGCAUAGCGCAAAAGAUUAUUUCUUUAAAGCUGCCCUGUGUCACUUUUUGGUUGAUGAACUGAAUGCUAAGCUUGCUCUUGAGAAGUAUGAGGAAAUGUUCCCAGCAUUCACGGAUUCAAGGGAGUGUAAACUAUUGAAAAAAUUGCUGGAAGCUCAUGAGGAACAAAACUGUGAGGCAUACACUGAAGCAGUCAAAGAGUUUGAUUCGAUAUCCCGCUUGGACCAGUGGCUCACCACCAUGCUGCUGCGCAUUAAGAAAUCAAUUCAAGGAGAGAGUGAGGGUGACCUGAAGUGACCUGUCCCGUGUGACUCGUGCCGUGUCUGUUGAAGUUACUCUGUG